GGCUGUCUGUUCUCAGACUCACUGCUGGAGAACAAGUUGCUUCACCGUAACUUCUCCUUUUCUAAAAUUUACACCAGCAGUUGUAGUCUCUCUUUUUUUCUCCUCCUUUUUCGUAUUUGUUGCAUUCUACGCCGCAGCGAGGGGUGAGAUUCAAGCUGACUCGGAAUACCUCGACCUGCUCUCCCCAGACACGCCCAAGGAUUAUUUUCGCCUGACAGCUCGGUAGUUUUGUGGGGCUCUUUCUUUUUUCGUGUGGGGGUGUUGGAAGUCAGGUUCUUCACUUUUUUUUCUUCUUCUGCUCUUAACAUGAAGACUGAGACGAAGGCUUUGUUUCAGUGAGGAGGGGUGGUGUUUAAGCAACAACCUCGUCGGACCGGGUCCCGUGCCCUUCUCAAAGCAGCCAAAUAGGAGGCUCCCGCCAUCUCCGUCGUGACCGUGAUGGCUUCAGCGCUCCAGCCUCUGUAUCAGAGAGAGAAGAGCCAGACGCCAUCUGGGGUACACUCAGCACGCUCCCAAACCCCCCAAAGAAGCUAAGGCCAGCCACUGCGGGACGCCCGGAUUGGAAGAGGAAGCGAUCGUCCCCGCGUCCGUCUUCGGCAGUGUUCCGUUGCUCUGACAGCUUCCUGUUCCGUAGCAGGUCACAGGAGGGGAGGGAGCCUCCCCCCCCUUCUCCCCGCUUACGGCAUCUCUUGCCCUCUGACCCCCCUGGUCGCCAUGACAACUGUUGCCCAGUCAGGCGAACUGAUGUUUGAGUUCGCCAGCAAUGGAAUGGACGAAAUCAACCAGCUGGAUGACCCCUCGGUGUUCCCCUCGGUGAUCGUGGAGCAGGUGCCGUCGGCGGACCUGAUGCAGGUGUACUGCAGGCUGGACUCGGACGAGGCGCCCAACGGCAUCAUGGCCAACCCCUCCCUGGACGUGGCCGAGGAGCAGAUCAUGGGCGGAGACAUCGGGCUCCUGGUCGAAACAGCAGGUUCAGACCCAGGAGAGAACAUGGAGACUGUCGAGGCGGCAGAAGCUCUACUCAAUAUGGAAUCCCCCAACAACAUCUUGGACGAGAAGCGCAUGAUUCACACAUAUGGUGCCCUGCUGGACCCUGAAAUCAGCUACAUACCGCUGAAGCCAGAGCAGCUGUCCAGCGGCUGCGCGGACUGGUCGCCGGACGACGAGUCCUCCUCCAUGGACGAGAUCCCGCGGAAGUGCCCCACAAAACCACAGAAGAAGAAAGUGCGGAAACCCCGGGCGGCCCGGCCCUGCUCCCCCAUCAGCGCCCCCAGCCUGCCACUCAGGAAGAAGAACAAGGAGGGCAAAGGGAACACCAUCUACCUGUGGGAGUUUCUUCUGGCCUUGCUGCAGGACAAAAACACCUGUCCCAAGUACAUCAAGUGGACGCAGAGGGAGAAGGGCAUCUUCAAGCUGGUGGACUCCAAGGCUGUGUCCAAGCUAUGGGGAAAACACAAGAACAAGCCGGACAUGAACUAUGAGACCAUGGGAAGGGCCCUCAGAUAUUACUAUCAGCGAGGGAUCCUGGCCAAGGUUGAGGGCCAGAGGCUGGUGUACCAGUUUAAGGAGAUGCCCCCCGACCUGGUCAUCAUUGACGACGAGGACCAGGGCCCAGACUGCACCCCGGGCUACGGGGGCCACCGCACUGGCCCUAACGGCAGAGGCGCCCCCCGUGGGACGUCCCGGGGCGGGCAGGGCAGGCCCGUGCUGCAGAAGCCGGUGAAGAGGGAGGCCAGCCCCAUUCAGCUGUACGAGGGCGAGGACAUCAAGCCCACUGAGCAGCAGCUGCUGCAGACCGUGCACGUGCUGCAGCCCAAUCAGGGCGCGGCUGUUCCCGCCCCCGUGCACACUGUCAGGACCAUUAACGUGCCCGCCUCCGUGCCCAUGAUGCUGACCCCGGGGGGUGCGGGAGGGGGUACGGUCACCCUGCAGACGGUGCCGCUGACCACCGUCCUGGCCAGCGAGGACUCCGACCACGCCUCCCAGCCGCAGAGGGUCAUCCUGCACGCCGUGUCCUCCGCCUCCUCCGUGCCCGGGGGCAAAGACAUACUGACCUUCCAGACGGCUGCCAGCCUGCCGGACAGCCUCCACCACCCCCAGCUCCUGGUGACCAGCCUGGGCGCGUCCGGCCUGUCCACCGCCCACGGGGGCUCCCUCAACGGCCUCGCCCGCCUGGUUACCCUCAACUCCAGCGGCCAGCCCGUGGUCGCCCAGCAAUCGGGCACCGUCAUCGCCACGGUGCUGAAGCCCGGAGAGUUCCAGGGCCUGCAGGUGAAGGAGGAGGUCCUGGACGCCCAGUACCUCCAGUCCCUCGUCAACUGCGCCGGGUACGGGGAGGCGGAGGGAGGCUACAGGACUGUCGUCAUGGAGAGCGCCCAGGAGCCCUGCACGGAGGGCGCGAUCAACGGACAUUCGGAGCUCGGGGCGGAGCAGGGCGGUCCCAGCGAGGGCCUGACCCCCGUGGAGCAGCUGGAGGACCGCGGGGAGUCCGCCCUGCAGGCCGAACGCAGGGCCAAGGAGCUGGCGGUCUCCUCGGGUCUACAGGACCUGCCCGUCACCCUCCACUCAACCAUCGCCUCCUCCUCCCACCUGAUCCCCAUCCAGGUAAAGCUGGAGCCCGUGGACUCAUAGAACAGCAGGCUCUGGCGCUCCCCAACCAAACCAAGCUGGAAAUGCACAAGGUGAAACAAACACAAUCCAAAGACUUUUUUUUUCAGCAAUCCAGUCAUUUCCCCUUGGAUUGAAGGGGAUUUGUAAUUUAUUGCCCUUAAUUGCAGGUCUUUUGAUGGCCUAAGAUUUUUGUUUACUAUGAAAUGUUGUGCCUAAAUUUGAAUGUCAAGGGAUGAUUAGGUUUCUUUUUUUUACCAAUAGGGCUCUGUAAAGCCCGGUGUGGGCCUAUCUUUGUGUGCCCCUCAUUAACCGCCUUGAAUGGCCAUCAGCCAUUGGAUCUCCAGGGAUAUAUCCACCAGACGUGCCAGUUAGAUGAUAUUUAUUUGCUACCACGAGUCUCAUCAGAAAGGCUGUGGAACAUGCUUUCUGUCGACCUGAUGAGGAACUGCUCCUGUGAACUGGGACGAGCUGUACGUUGCGACGUAAGAAGCCAGUCACCGAAAAUAAAUCGUCGGGGGAAGAUGGGAAGAACACAAUGCAAAGCAACAGUGGACUGCAAAAGCAAACUUUGUGUGCUUGCCUUCCACCGCUGUUCAAUUGACAUGGCAAAGACCAAAGAAUGGGCAAAAAAGCAUUCACAAUUAAAACCGUACGUGCAGACCCGUACCAAAGCGUGCUCUAUGAAUAGAAUGUUUAUGAGUCUUGGAAUAUUUUCACUGGUUCCUAGUGUUAUGUUGGAGUUUAUGAAAGAGAGGCUGCAGACAUUGCGACAGGAUUCACUGUGAUAGGCUACUGAAUCUCCCUCUGUUCCCUUCAAUCACGGUGUCAUUGAGGUGUACCUUCGCCUCAAUUACCUGUGGCCUUAAAGCAUCGUGUUGCCAUGGAAAUGGCCAUUCCCAGUCGUCCUUCAAGACAGUGAUUAUAGCCAUGUAUGUAUAUAGAUGUAGACUUUUUAUGAUAAAAAAUACAAUGAUACUGAUUUUUUUUUAAAAAUUCGCUGGUGAAAUAUACCUGCUUCUUUGAAGUCGUAUUCUCUUAGUAAAGCUUUGAACAUGUUUAUAUGGAGCAAAUAUAUAUAUAUAUAUAUAUAUUAAAAUAUAGCCUACUAUUAAGAUUAAACUCAAGACCACAGUUUAAUUUAUUUUUAGGGAAUUCUAAAAUCUGUAUAAAAAAAUGAGUUUGAGGCACAUUUUACUAUAGGGGAUAAUAUACAAAGUAUAUUAAAAAAAUUUUAAAGCGAAGUUGCAGUUCGAUACUUUAUUUAAUUUCUGUGCAGACGCAAAACAAUUAACAUAGUUUUUCUAAGCAUUCCUGCUAACUGGUCGAUUUUUAUAUUUCCAAACCGCUGUAUGGUACCGGGGAGAUCCGGACAGACGCCCUGACGUGAAUGUGGUUAAUUUUCUACGCAAACAGUCCCUGUGUUGUCAACUCUGUAAUGUAAAUAUUUUUACCGAGGCCAUUUUUUCCUCCAUAUUUUAAGUGUAGCAUGCAUGCUUUGGGUUCGCUCUCUCUGCUGACACACUCCCGCCUCAAUCAGCCACCCGUCGGAAUAAAGAGGUUCCAUUUGACCUUCCCUCGUUGACCCCAUCUCUCAUUCCCUAGCCCGUAUACAGACAAUCAAAUCCCAACGGUUUCCACUCUCCAGUAACACAGCUA